UGUAGAGCAGACUUGACAAGAGGCAGAAUCCUGCGCCAACCAACACAAGGGUCCAAAAUGGAGUAAGACUGAAGACUGCAGUCGGGAAUCCCAUUGAAUGUAAUUUUACAUUCAAAUAGAAAUUGUUGGUCGCAGGAGAAAAUUAAGACUUGUACAAGCCGCGGGGGAAUCUCCAUUGUUGUUGCUGCUGUCAGUGAGCUGUGAGAACACAACAGUGAAGAAUGGAGCCAUCAGAGCAGUCAGGCCCGGACUCCGGCUCUCAGGAUGUCAACCCUGUUUUCCUGCAGCAGCUCAGAGAGCUGGACAUCCCAGAGGAGGCAGCCAAACAGGCGCUUCUACACACUCGGAACGUGUCUGCCGAGGAGGCAGCAAUGUACUACUUCAACAAGCUGGAGAAUGAGGAGGAGGGAGACGAUGACCUCAUGUUCAAGAUGGUGUUUGUUGUGAACAUGGACCUUGCCAUGGGUGUUGGAAAGGUGGCGGCCCAGGUGGGUCAUGCUGCUGUGGGUCUGUACCAGGCUCUACAGGAGAAGAACAGCUGGAGGGAGAUGGCCUGGAAGUGGGACCACAGUGGAGCCAAGAAGGUAGUGGUCCAGGGCACCAACGUGGCCCAUCUACUGGAGCUGCAGGCCCUGGCUAUGAGCCUCAGCCUGCCCACUUACCUGGUCCAGGAUGCAGGGCUUACCCAGGUGGAAUCUGGUUCCCGCACUGUCCUGGCCAUCAUGGGGGAGGAAGAGAUGGUGAACAACGUCACUGGGAGUCUUAAGCUGCUCUGAGGGGCUCAACCCCACUCUGGGGGAGGCAUUGCUCAGCAGUGCCACAGUGCGUCCAGCAGAGGGAAGCAUUUCCCACCGGCAGGGAGUCUUGGCAUGCAAGCGUGUAACAACCUUUUAAAAAGACGUGAAGAAUGACGGAGAUCGAGACAUGUCCCAACACAAGAAAACAAACACCAUCAGCCAUUUGUUUCCCUUUCAUUCUUUGUCUGAGCCGCUGAGUCGGCUGUUGAGAGCAGGAGGGGAGAGAGACUGGUUGUUCACAGGAGAACGAGGCAAAGGCAGUUGAUUUUGUUUUUCUUUUGACCUUUCUCUUUUUCAAACAGGCUACCUACUUAGAAGAGAGUCUUAAUAGAGUCUUAAUCAAUUUUCAAACACAUCUAGUCUAUUGUCCAGUUUAGGUAUGGCAAAAAAAUUCAAGUACUUUUGGUUGUUCAACAAUAUUGUAGUUAUUCUUAUUCAAGAGGCAGUGUACAGUAGACUAAUACAUAAUGUUAUUAUAAUACCCAUAGCACAUGUAGUAUUUCCCAACUGGAUUCACUACUCCUGAGUGAAGGGUCACUUAUAAACUGAUAAUAUUUGAACAUUCAUUUUUGACGUUGAAAUGAUUUUGUGUCUGUAUGCAACUAUUCUUCCAAAGAUCCCUACCCUAUAGAAUCAGAAACAUUACUCAUUAUUGAUAAAUGGCUAUAUUUUGUAUACACAAGCCUGUUGGGAGCCAUAUACUGUAUAAUCUUUGGUGUGCCAUCCUAAACAGUAUGCACAGUUACUGGACUUUGUAUGUUUUUUUUGUGUGCAAAAAGGGACAAGAUCCUAUGUUAUAAUAUUUGAAUUAAUUGGUAGAAUUUGACAGUGGGUGAUAUGUUCUGUGGAGCCAAAAUGUCAUGUAGUCAAGUUCUGUGCAGGGCCUAACUAUAUGCACUCUGACUGCUUGUGGUGGAUAGUUUACACCAACGAAGUUCAUCAAUUUACAGCUUGACAAAAUACAGAUAAUUGUGUGUAGGACAAUUAUGGACUUGGUGAUUAAUAAUCUUAAUACACAAAGAAUGAUUUGUGAGUUGUUGUGUGUCUGUGUUGUCACUAACAAAUAUUUGUGGGCAUGAGCUACCACUCCCAGAUUCUUAGUUUAAUGUCAAGGAUUUUAUUUGUCAGAAAUAUUAAAAAUGGCAGUGGCAUGCAUGCCAUGUGAAAUGUACAUUUUAAAAGACAGUUGGAAUCCCAAAGUUAUGUCAAUUUUAGUAACAUAUCCUCACUUUGAUACUUCCUAUGUUAUACAGUCAUUUGUGUGAGUGCUUCAGACUAUGGAGACAAUUAAAACGCCUCCAGCUUAAGUGACAUCUUGAAUCAUGUUUUCACCUUGCAGACUGGAACAUACAGACUAUGCAUAUAAAAGUGAUAUGCUGGAGCUGUGGCAGUGAGGAGUGUGGGGGAGGGUUGAACACACAGCCAUAUUGCAGUGCGUGGUUUGGACUGGCCAUGUAGACAUGGCUCUUUCAUCCUGCCAUGAGUCCGGCUGGGAAACGUGUGUAUAUAUAUCUCACCCUGUGUUACCAUGAAUUCAUGGAGGAAACUUGUUUUUUCUCGUAGGAGAAAGGAGAAAAUCCUUGAUUAACUGAUGUAAAUGGGGGCUGCAUUUAACAACAGCAAAAGUAUAUCAAAAUAUCUACAACUCAUGCAGUAUAAUUCAGUCUCAUCAAGUGGUGGAAAAAGUAUUUAGAUCCCUUACUUAAGUAAAAGUACUAUAUAUUGCUAUAUUUUUACUUAAGUAAAAGUACUAUAUAUACUUGUGAAAUGAUUAGUAACGGUAGCAUCAAACAUAGUCGAUAUAAAACACCUAGGCCCCACAGCAACCGAUGAGGCUAAAAUUGAACUAAUUUCCUUAAGUUAUUAAAAGAAUAGGCUUUCGUCAGUGGCUUAGCCUACCUAUUAUAAAUCCAUGUAAAGUAUCUGGUUAGACUGAUUCAAUAUGACCGUGCCUAAUUAUUAAGACGUUCAUUCAACAACAUCAUUAGGAUGAUCUGGCACUACAUUAAGUAUUUGUCUUGUGUAUUUUACCUACAAUAGGAGCCUAGUGCAACAUCCGUAUCACUGUUUGUUCGGCCUAUACCGUCACCAAUAAAUACCCAUAUGCAAAUGCA